AACCAAUUGUUCUGAAGAGCUCACCUAGUAUUUCUUGUUAUCUAAUAAGUUGUUCUUUUUUCAAAAUGAAAUCAUUUUACUCCUUUGUUCUUAUUUUUGGAAUUUUGCUCAGCAAUGCUUUGGCCUUAACCCCAGAAGAAAAACAUGAAGCAGAGAAAAAAAUUCUUGAUGAAUGUAAAGGUUCGGUCGGAGCCACCAAUAAUGAUGUGAAUUCCAUUUUGGAACGCAAAACGCCCACAGAAUACAAAGGAAAAUGUUUAUUGAAAUGCGCUCAUGAAAAAAUCGGACUUAUCCAAGAUGGAAAGUUUUCAAUUGAUAGCUUUAAGGCAUUUGGAGAAAAAGAGCUUGGAAAUGAUAUGAAGGCGGUCGGUGUUUUUAACGAAAUGCUUGAUGCAUGCAAAUCAAUUACUGAUCCAGACCUGUGUGAAGCAAGUGCUAAAAUGAUGGACUGUAUGAUAAAGGAAGGACUGAAACGUGGCGUUGAUCCAAAAAAAGGCAUUAAAGAAUCGAUUGCAUCUAAUUAAAAAGACGCAUUUAGUGGAAAAAGGCGGUGAUAGUUCUUGAAAUAAACACUUCAGAUUGUAAUAAUUUCAACUAAAUAACUUUGCUUGCAAAAUACGUUGUAAAAAACACAUUCAAUUGUUCGUUUUACAUUUAGCACUGAUGUAUUCUAAAGAUUCUGUAAACUAAUUAAUGAUAAGAAACAUAAUAAAACAAACUGGUAUUGUUUAUAUCUAAAUCUCUCAACAAUUCAUCAAA